UGUGAUUCAGUCAUUGUGGAGCAAACACUGGAAAACUCGUUUGGAGCUAACUGAACACCAAAGUACGGAAUACACCAACCAGACCAGCCUGAACAUUAACCUGCAUGGUCCUGUGUUGACAACCUGUCAAUUUACUGCUUGACGAACCGGCUUGAACACUUUUUGACUGGGGCUUGGUGCAGACCAGAGCAAUUUGAUUGGUGGCCUGAAUCAAAUCGCCUGUCCCAAGGCCUCACCCUAGCCAUCAUGCCUCGCCUCACCUUCUCUGGUGGCAAAAAGUCAAAACAAGUAUUGCGUACAGGGACACUUAGGAAGCCUCGGAAGCUUCUGAGCCAGGACUACCAGACCUUGUUGGAGCAGAGUCUGAAAAAUAAGCAGCUGUUUGUUGAUGACGCCUUUCCUGCUGAACUAAGUUCCAUCGGCAGCGGGGAUCUCUUACGAAAACUACCGCCAUGUGUGGAGUGGAAAAGACCGCAGGAGCUGGUGAAGAAUCCGCAGUUUUUUUUUCAUGAUGCCAGCAGGUUUGAUCUUCAUCAAGGACUUACAGAAAACUGUUGGUUCCUGGCUGCACUGGCCUCAGUCACCUUCCACAAGGACAUUUUCACCAAUGUGGUCCCUCGGAGCCAAAGCUUUGACAAGAACUAUGCAGGAAUCUUCCAUUUCCGGUUCUGGCGCUUUGGCGAGUGGGUCGAUGUGGUAGUUGAUGACCGCCUACCUGUGAAUAAAGAUGGCAAGCACUUGUUUGUGUCCUCUUCAAGGAAGAACCUGUUCUGGGGCCCUCUGCUAGAGAAAGCCUAUGCCAAACUCUGUGGCUCCUAUGAAGAUCUGCAGAUUGGUCAAGUGUCUGAAGCUCUGGUGGAUUUCACUGGCGGGGUCAACAUGACCAUUAAGCUAGAACAAGCUCCUGUGGACCUGUGGCAGAUCAUGGUACGGGCAGCAUACAGCGGGUCCUUGAUGGGCUGCCAGACAAAGGCCGGGCCUGAAAGGGUUCUGGAGAACGGAUUAGUGGCCGGACACGCGUACACGGUGACGGGAAUCAGAAAGGUGACCUGCAAAUCUGGAACAGAAAAUUUAGUUAGGCUGAGGAACCCAUGGGGGAAGAUUGAAUGGAAGGGAAAUUGGAGUGACAACUCCUCCAAAUGGGACCAGCUCAGCCUGAAGGAAAGACUGUUACUGCGAAAGACGCGGGAGAAUGGAGAAUUUUGGAUGUCCAUUGAAGACUUUGAGACCCAGUUUGUGGAGCUGGUUAUUUGCAAGCUGACUCCUGACCUCAUGAGCCAUGAGAAUGGGAAGGAGUGGACGUUAUCAAUGCAGACUGGGAAGUGGGUGGCUGGAAGUACAGCUGGUGGAAGAAUGACAUACACAGACUCAUACUGGAGGAACCCCCAGUACCGACUAAAGAUACUAAAGGGAGACAACAUGGAGAAAUACACAAAUUCUUGCAGCGUCCUGGUGUCCCUUCUCCAGAAACAGAACCACAAGCAUCGGAACCAGUCCCCGCCAUGGUUCAUAGGGCUCUCUGUGUUUAUGGUGCCACUUGAGUAUCAAAGUAUAAGAAGCCGUCUCCCACAAGAGUUCUUCCUGCAAAGCCGCCCUGUGAACAACAAGUGUGUCUUCAUUAACGAGAGGGAAGUGACCCAGGACUUCCACUUGCUCCCUGGAUCCUACGUCAUCAUCCCCUCAACAGCAGAGCCUGACCAGCAGUGUGAAUUCAUCCUGAGGGUCUUCUCCAGGAAACACCUUCUAGAAGAACACGGAGAGAACCCCAGCCCUGUCCUGUGCUGCAAGAAAAUUGCUGAGAAACAGGAUGAGCAGGAAACUGUUAUCGCAAGGUAUUUUGAAAAGCACCCAGAAAUUAAUGUCUCCCAACUACAGAUGCUGCUGAACAAAGGAAGCUGGGCAUGCGCAAGGCAAGCUCCGGUGAAGUUUAGCUUAGACGCCUGCAAAGUCAUUAUGGCUCAGUUGGACGUCAGUGCAUCUGGGACCCUGAACGUGAUAGAAUUUCACAACCUCUGGAAGCGUUUACUGUCUUAUCAUGAGAUUUUCCAAAGGAGAGACAUUGACAGAUCGGGAUUUCUGAAGCUCAGUGACCUCCAAGCUGCUGUACAAGAGAAAGGAAUAACAUUAAGCCAACAAUUUUACAACUUAAUAGCACUGCGAUAUGGCAACUCCUCUCUGAAAAUCAAUUUCGAGAAUUUUGUCUGCCUCAUGCUGAGGAUGGAGAUCAAUGGAGGGUCUCGUACUCUUCGCCGAACCUUGUCCUUGCCGCCGGCUUCACGAUCAUCUGGGCAUGCCUCCACCAGUCCCUACCCCACUUUGUACUAUCGUCACCGCCCACCAGCGGUACAGGUAUGACGUGGGGAAGGGACAUUCAUGAGAAUUUUGGAAAGUUUAGGAAAUGUUUAGAGGCUUAUAUAUUAAGUGCAAAGAGUAAUGUCAUGCUAUUAAUUAUAAUAACCAAUCAUAUUUGUCAGUUUACAAUAUAUCCAUCAGAACCAUGAAAAAAAUUAUUCUAAUUGGUUAGUACUUAAUAGCAUAUCUUGCACUUUGUGCUUUGCCUUAUUGAAGGCGGCACAGUCAAAGAGCUUAUUCAAUAAACCACUGCAAAGUUCAACAAUCAAGUAUCAAAAUUCAUAAUAGCCAAAAAUGUAUUUUUUUAUGUUAUCAGUUCCUUUUCUAAAUGGUUUCUAUAUUUUUUUAUCGCACUUUUUACAAUGAGGUUGGACUUAGCUUUGUUUUAUUGCUUAAAUCUACGAAAUUGAUAAAAGGUAAACCUACCAAUGAUCUUUCAGUCCAAUUGCUUUGCUAUCAAAGGCAUGUUAGCCACACAUCUAAAGUGUGUGCAUUUAAAUGGUCAGUCCACCCAAUAGUAAUAUUUUAUCCCCUACCUCUAGCUGCUUAUGUCUUGGGUACUCCUACAGCAAGAUCAUCAAUUCUGACUCUCCAUUUCACGUCCACCUAGGAGUUUCUCUGUUCAUGUCUACUUAGAAGUUUUGGGUAUUCCUGUCCACCUUUAUACGUUCCAGUUCCAUUUGUUACAUUCUCAAAAAUAUAUUAAAUAAAUAAUUGUGGGAACACCUCAGGGACCUUAGCUUGUAAGCUCCUUGAGGGCAGGGACUGUGAAUGUACAUUAUCUAAAGCGCUACGUAAGUUGCCGGUGCCAUAUAAAUACCUGUAAUAAUAAGAAAUAUCAAUAAGCACACAUCCAGGAUCUCAGUGCAAAGCUCUCCGGUAGAGUCCCAGAGAAAAGGAACCAUGAGAUUUAUUAAAAACUGAAAUAUCAGCAUUGGGUGGACUGACCCUUUAAUCACCCAUCCAGUGAAAAUACUACAAUAAUCAAUCCAUAAAUCUAAGCAAGUCAAGUCGUUUGGUGAAUAAAUCCCUGCCAAUCCAAGUUAGUAAAGUGCAUGAAUUAAUGAAACCCAAUCAAUUCUUGGCCAAACUGAUUCAGAUUAAUCAGGCCAACCUGAUUAAUGCAUAUGAUUGCUUGUUUAUAUUGAAGUCAGAUGGGUGCUUUAGAACCAUUACAUCAGAACUCCAGAUGGAGAUGAAAAGUGACCAUCAGUUACAAAUCAUUCAAAAAUGAUCAAAUGCUUUAAAGUAGCCUUUCCUAACCAGGGUUCCGUGAAGCCAUAAGCUGGCCAUAGAUGGAUCAAAAUUCAGCUGGUUCAGCAGGGACUGACCAAAUUUGGAUCCAUCUAUAGCUGUUUCCACCAAUCCAAUGCAAUAACACAGCGAGGAGGAUUUCUCCAUCGACCUCACUUUGGAUGGGGAAAACCCAGCCAUAGGGUUCCUCCUGUGCAUGCUAUAUAAAGAAC